AUGGCCAACGGCGCACCAGAGAAGACUCACACCGAGUCGCAAGUCUACCUGUCCACCAGAGGCGGCGAUUACGAUCUCUCGUUCGAAACCGUUGUCCUCAAGGGCCUCGCCGCUGACGGGGGUCUCUUCUUGCCGCAUGAGAUUCCCGCCGCGGAGAACUGGCGCAACUGGAAAGACCUCUCGUACGCCGAACUCGCCUUCGAGAUCCUCAGCCUAUACAUCUCGCGGUCCGAGAUCCCUGCCGACGACCUCAAAGCCAUCAUCGACCGAAGCUACUCGACGUUCCGCUCCGAAGAGGUCGCGCCUCUGGUUCAUCUGAAGGACAACCUAUACCUUCUCGAGCUGUUUCACGGCCCGAGCUAUUCUUUCAAAGACUGUGCCUUGCAGUUUCUGGGCAACCUCUUUGAGUACUUUCUCGUGCGAAAGAACCAGGGCAAGCAAGGAAAGGAGAGGCAUCAUUUGACUGUUGUGGGCGCAACAAGCGGCGAUACUGGAUCUGCUGCCAUCUACGGCUUAAAGGGCAAGAAGGAUGUCUCCGUCUUCAUUCUGCACCCCAAGGGCCGCAUCAGCCCCAUCCAAGAGGCGCAGAUGACGACCUGCCAGGAUGCCAACGUCCACAACCUGGCCAUUGAGGGAACCUUUGACGACUGCCAGGACAUUGUCAAGGCUCUGUUUGGCGACCCCGAUGCCAACGAGACGCUGCAGCUCGGUGCCGUCAACUCCAUCAACUUUUCACGAAUCCUCGCCCAGAUCGUCUACUACUUCCACUCCUACUUCUCUCUCGCCAAGCAGAAUUCGUCCUUCCAGGUCGGCGACAAGGUCCGGUUUGUGACGCCCACAGGAAACUUUGGCAACAUUUUGGCGGGCUACUUUGCGAAGCAGAUGGGUCUUCCCGUGGCCAAGCUAGUCGUGGCGACAAAUGAGAACGACAUCUUGCACCGGUUCUGGAUGACGGGCCGGUACGAGAAGAGCUCCGCUCAAGACGAGAACGGCUCCAAGGCCGAAAACUGCAAGGAAACGAUGAGUCCGGCCAUGGAUAUCUUGGUGUCCAGCAAUUUUGAGAGACUCAUGUGGUUCCUGGCGAGAGACUUUGCUGCAACUGUCGGCAUGGAUGAAGAGUUCAACAGGAAACAGGCCGGGCAAGAAGUCAGUGCCUGGUACAAGUCCUUGAAGACGACAGGCGGCUUCGGACCGGUACACGACGAGAUCCUGGAAAACGGGCGCAGGACGUUUGAGAGCGAGCGCGUGAGCGACGCGGAGACGGUGGACACGAUCAAGUCAUGGUACAAAUCGACAAAGUAUGUCCUGGAUCCGCACUCGGCGGUCGGCGUCACGGCUUCGGAGCGGUCGAUUGCUCGCGCGGGACCGCAGACGCACCACAUCUCGCUGUCGACGGCCCACCCGGCCAAGUUCUCGGGCGUCGUCACGCAGGCGCUGGGCGAGGAGCCCGGGUUCAACUUUGAGGAGCAGGUGCUGCCCGACGAGUUCAAGGCUCUGUUGACGCAGGAGAGGCGGGUGACGCUUGUGGACAAUUCGUGGGAAAAGGUGCGGGAGGUUGUCAAGGGCCAGGUGGAGGAGGAUCUCAAGGCCGAGAGCAGCUGA